AUGGAUAUUCAAACCUUGUUAAACAACCUUCAUGAAGAGUUAUCAUGUUCGGUGUGCAUGAGCAAGUACACCGAUCCAAAACAGUUGCCGUGUUUGCAUAGUUUUUGCCUUCAUUGUCUGAAUGGGAUUCAACGAACCAGUGGCAGAAGAGAUAAAAUUGCGUGCCCUGAGUGCAGACAGGAAUUCAAGGUCCCUGAUAAUGGAAACCUAGCAGCUUUGCCAACAAACUUUCGUAUUAACAGCUUGCUCGAUGUAUUAGCUAUAAAGGAGUGCAGCACAACCGGAGUUAAGUGUGGAAAUUGCGACGAAAGAACGAAACAGAGCCAUUAUUGUUUCCAGUGUUAUGCUUUCUGGUGCGAAGAAUGUAUAAGUUUUCACAAUAAAAUCAAAGCCAACAAAGAUCACUAUGCACUGGCAUUGAAAAAUUUUCAAGAUCAAGACUUUGAAAACAUUUUAAAGCGACCUUCAUUUUGCGGAAUUCCAGGCCACGAAAAGAAAGAAAUGGAGUUCUUUUGCAAGAUUUGCGAAGUCGCAAUUUGUAACGCCCGUGCUUUAUUGGAUCACGAGGGGCACGCAAAGAUGCUUCUAGAACUGGCUGCAAAUGAACGAAAGUUAAGACUGAAAUCUGCAAUUGAAUCUCAGAAAAAAAGAGCGCAAGCAAAGAAAAGUGAGAUCGAGAAACUUAACGAAUCACGAGGUAGUUCAAGAACGAGCCGCCUGCGUGAAGAGAAACGUACAAGAGUAUGCCGACAGCAUUCAUGCAGCUAUUGAAGCAAAGAAACUAUAAAUCUUUGAUGAUGUGGAACGGAGAACACAAUUAUCUCUUGAGCACAUAGGAAUACAAAUGGACAAGUCUGUAGAACAGGUUAAACAGCAUGAAUCAGAAAUUGAAAGGACAGAAACAAUUAUAAAGCGAAGCACAAGUGCCGAAAUUAUGCAGCCGAACGAUAUGUUGAACAUUAUAUUAAGGGAAGAGAAUAGCAAAGAGGAGACAGUCACCGAUCGUGAGAACGAAAGUUUUUUAGCGAGGCUGAGUUUUGUGAAAAAUCAAAAGUUUUUUGAUCUCGCAUGCGUAGAACAGAUUGGCUCACUCAAAAGUACCCAGACUAAAGCGCAGCAAUCAAGUGCUGAUGGAGAAGGAAUCAGAGAAGCGAUUGUUGGACUUGAAGCACAGCUUAUUGUGACAACAAGAAACAAUAAAUUCCAACAGUAUUACGACGAUUACGACUCUGUAACACUGGAAAUCAAUAAUCGUCAAGGCGACAACUGCGCAGCUGAUGUGCAAGUUCAAGAUAACAAAGAUGGUAGUUACAAGAUCAAAUACUUCGCCAAAGAAACAGGAACAUGUAGUGCAUCAGUGAAGGUUAAUGGAGAACAUAUCCGUGGCAGCCCUUUUGAGGUUCAAGUCAAACCCAGACAGUUCAGACCUGUGUUAUCUUUUGGAGAGCAAAUAUUGGAGAAUCCUUGGGGGGUAGCAGUAAACGACGAUGAUGAAAUUGCAGUGAGUGACGCUGGUAACGAUAAGAUUCAUUUAUUUAAGAGCGAUGGAACUCAUAUUAAAUCCUUUGGUGGAUAUGGAACACAACAAGGUGAGUUCAACAGGCCAGCCGGAAUAGCUUUUCACGGUAAUAAUAUUAUUGUGGCUGAACAGUAUAACUGCAGAGUUCAGCAAAUCAGUAAACAGGGGCAGUACCUGAGCCAUUUUAGUGAAAAAGGACGUCUUGAUCGGCAGCUUAAUCAUCCUUGUGGUUUAUCUAUUGACAGUGAUGGCAACAUCCUCGUUGCUAAUUGUGAUAAUGAGUUAAUAAAGAUUUUUUCUGCUGGGGGUCAGUUUUUAAGUAAAAUUGGCAAAGAUGGUUGUUGCACUCAACCCUUUCACUGUAUUCAACAUGACAACUACCUUAUAAUAUCAGACAGUGGUGAUCAUUCUGUAAAAUUAUUUAAUAGAAAGGGUAACUUUCUUUACAAAUUUGGGAAGAAGGGAAAUUCAGACGGGGAAUUAAACACACCUCGUUGCUUGUUCAUGAACAAAGCAGGGCACCUGAUGGUUUGUGAUAAAAAAAAUUACAGGAUUCAGGUGUUUGAUCUGAGUGGGAAGUUUGUUGCUAAGUUUGGAACAAAGGGAAGCGGGAUGGGAGAGUUUAAUACACCUGUCUCUGCUGCAGUUCUUAGUGAUGGUAAAAUAGUCGUGACCGACUACAAUAACCAUCGCAUUCAGCUUUUUGAAUAA